AAGUUUCCUUUCCACGUGGUCUUUCGCUUUUGAAAGGUGGUUUUUUUUUCGUUUCUUCUCCUAUUUCCGAAAGAAUCCCGAGAUUCCUUCCGGAUUUGAGUGUUGAUGUUAUGAAACGUGGGAGUGGAUUCACGAAUGAUUUCCACUUUGACUGCAGCUAAAGCUGCGUUAGCGGUUUCCUUAGUGAUCUCGGGCGCGAUCAUCGGAAGCGUUCAUUACAAGCAACAACUUGACAGAUCACGAAUGCACGAUGGAAUAAUUCGGGAUGUAGAGCGCCAACAGCGAAGGAAGAUAGAAAACACUUACAGGUUGCAAGAGCAACGAGAACUUGCGAAGGUGUUGCGAAAUCAGGACGAGGACGAAAUCAACGCUGGAAGAUCCGAAUGA